AUGCUGGAAGGUCUCCAACUGGCCUGGGAUCACAGUUGUCGUAGAGUGUGGUUGGAAGGGGACUCCUCUUCUGCUAUUCAUUUGAUAAAGGAAGGCUGCCAAUCUCAUCACAGCCUUGCUCCUCUCGUGGAUAAGAUUCAAAUGCUCCUAAGAAGGGAUUGGUGUACCUUUGUCUCUCGUGUUCAUAGGGAGGGAAAUAGUGUUGCUGACAUGUUGGCUUCUCUAGCUUCCCCCUCUGAUUGGGAUCUUCAUGUUUUAGAUAGUGUCCCUCCUACUUGUUGGGAGGUUAUGAAAAAGGAUCUGAUGGGGGCUACUACUCCCAGGAUGAUCCGAGAUGUUUCUUCAGGAACGGCAUGA